AUACCAACAAUGGAGUUCAUCGGAUUUUAUAGUUUUGAAGAAAAUUUAUUAUUUUACAACUUUGACAACAUUACUUAACAACCUCAUGUAGCAUGAAUAAUAUUUUGACAUGCCAAGAUAACUUUAGAGUAGAUAUCGUCCAGAUCGAUCCUGCGUUUUGGCCACAAAAUGCAAAACAAGUUGUCCAGAAUUCCGAGGACGUCAAUGUUUACAAAAUGUCACCUACAAAUAAUAAUGUGAUUAAUGAGAAAGAGACUAAGUCAAGGUUCUCUCACAUCGAGGAAGGCUUAGAAUCCUCCUUGAGCAAUGAAGCUCAAAGUACCAUCAGCAGAAUAGUUAAUGAAGUAAAGAGUUUAUCAGAUGUAGAAAAACUGUUCCUGUAUUUAAAGUUACCUACUGGAGAUUCCUGUAAAGAUUUUAGGAAGACCCCAACUAUAGGAGUACAGAAACCUAACAGAACACAGCAAGCCCAGACAUAUACAUGGAUCAAGUCACAUUUAGAAGAAGAUGAACUUAUCUGCUUACCCAAACAAGAUGUGUAUGAUGAUUACAGGUCCUAUUGUGAAAAUCAUGAUAUAAAGCCCCUAAGUACAGCAGAUUUUGGCAAGUUGAUGAAAUCAGUGUUUCCUAAUGUUAAACCAAGAAGAUUGGGACAAAGAGGGCAAUCAAGAUAUUGUUAUGGUGGACUAAGGAAGAAAUUAGAUGUUUUGCCGCCAACAUUACCUGAGUUAGAUACUAGUGUAAAACAAAUCAAACAGGAAAAAACCAACGAUGACGAACUCAAUACAGCCUCCUGUCAACUGGUAUGUGAGUGGGCCCAUAAACUUCUCAAUGCUAAUUUCCAAGGUAUACGAGAUUUGGCUGAAUACCUUAUCAGUAACCUGUGUGUUAACAGUAAAUCUGUGGCUGCCUUCACUGUCAUUGCUGCUAUGGAAGAUGCAGGCAUACAGAAUAUUAAAGAGCCAUCCUUGUUUUCUAACACAACCGGUGGAGAUAGACACAGAGAAACACAGAUGUUACUUCAGAGAAAACUACAAGAAGGUAAACUCUUACGUGAACAAAAGAAAAAACUUCAACAACAACGUGAGGAAAACGAACAAAAGUUAAAAGAAUCUCAUGAUCGUCAAACUCCGUUCAUUACAUCUCCAUCCAUACAGCAGGUGAUCAAAUCUCCCGUGAAACGAUUGUUUGAAGAUGGUGGAAAUCGAUCAAAAAGUGUUCAAGGUAAAACCGAUUUACAGCGUAGUCAGUCUGUCAUGGUUGUUCAACAGCAGAACAAAACAAAACAAGAAAGAUCAAAGUCUAUUUCUGAAGUUGACGUUGAAAUGGUGAGUGAUGAAAAAGACAAAAUAGCGUCAAGUUUGAUUAUUGGUCAACAGAAAAGAUCUGAUAAUAACAAAACAAAUCAAAUCUUGGCUAGGAAGAAUCAUCCAGUAGAUCCUGCAAGGAAGCUAAAUAUAGAAAUUCCGAAAAAUGUUCAAAUGGAUCAAAAUAUUCUGAGGGAGCUUACAACAGUACAUUGUGAAGAAAACACUGCCAAUGUUAAUUUUGUUCUUGAAAGUGAUGCAAAAAUAAAUCCAAGGUGUAAUAUAGAACAAAGAGAAAAUAGGAAUUUAAAUAAUCGAGCUGAAAUUGAAAGUAUGAUUUCUGAUGAAGUUGAUGGGAACCGUCCAGUAAAUAAUAAUAAUGUUUUAUUAAUGGAAGUAGAAAGUGAGAAAACUUCUAGUCAGAUACAGCAUAUCAUCAGGAAACCGUCACUCAUUUCCGCCAAUGUAUGGAACAUUCCCGUAUCCAUCAAAGACAAUAAUUCCGUCAAUGCUAACAUUGAAACAUCUGUUGGAAAUGAAAGUAUUAAACAGUUGUUGAAUAGUAACACUUCAGUUGAGAGGACAGAAAACGAUUCUGCUAAUCUGAUAAGUUCUGCAAACCAUUCAUCUCGUAGUGCUUUUGUUCCAUUCUCGCAAAUCCAAAGCAGGAAGGAUUCCAAUGUUGACUUGUGCAAAGGUCCGUCCAUUAAUUUGACGCAAAGUGAUGGUCAGAUUUUUAUAACUGUUCCUAACAACUUUGAUAUCACCAAACUUCCGUCCCAUUAUUUGGAGAAGAUAGAACAAGUCGCUGGCCAAAGUCAGCCAUUGAAAAAAGACCGUCCAUCUUCAUCUUUAACUGAAGCACCCAAGAGGACCACAGAAAAUUUGUUAGGAAAAGUUAUGUUUCAACCUGUUUUACAGAGCGGGAUUAUUGCACCAAGUAACUUAGUUGUUUCAUCAACAAAAAUGUCGACGAUUGCCUCAAACAAUACUUUACCAACCUUGGCCUCAUCGACUGUUUCUAUGGAGACCACCAACAAAGUAUUGAAAACAGGAACUGUAUUGCCUCAGCAGGUAACAUCAGAUGCCAAAGUUAUCUUACCUGCACAUUUCAAUAUCGGAGGAAGUUCUGGAAUUGUUCUUGGACAAGGCCAGAUUUCUGAUAUUGGGAAGAAUGUCAAUUCGGUACCAACUCCUGCACAUACAGUUAUUCUACCUGUCACCACUUCAAGUUCAUCCUGUAGUCAGCUGCUUAAACAGAUGGCUCGAGCUCCAGAAAUAGCUUUGCUUGCACAACAGGCAAACAAUCAGAAUGUAUUACGAAGACAGACAAUAGGCCCUGUCGGAAAUCAGGCAAACGUUAGUUCGAGUGGCUCUAUAAAAGUUGCUAUCAGUGCUGCAGAUAAAAGUCACCAGUCAAGCAUCCCACAGUUUUCACCUGGAAAUGUUGUUCAAGCAUUGCUUUCACCAAAUGCUACCAAUGUUCCAUCCAUUAACAGACCGGUUGUGUCGCUUACACCACUACAAUCGCCUAGUGCUAACAAUCUUCCAUCCAUUAUCAGAUCAGUUGUUCCAGUUACAUCACUACAAUCCCCUAGUGCUAACAAUCUUCCAUCCAUGAACAGGCCAAUUGUGUCAGUUUCUACACUUCAAUCUCCUAUUGCUACAAAUCAGCCUGUUAUGAGUUACCCAGACGUCUCAAUGUCAUCUGUGCCAUUAGUUGUUCCUCGUUCAAGUCCCAUAUCAUCGGUAUCAACAUCGCUAGCAAUUCUAAAUUCUCCAAGUCAGUCAUCCAUGUCAUCAUUCAAGGUUGUGAAUUCAACACCAACUACACUGUGUUCAAUCGUUCCACUUAAUAAUCAAGAAACUUUGGAUAAUUCACUUCAUUCAAACCCGUCCACUCCUAAGAAAUCCACAAAAAGCAGAUUUGCACCCAUUCGUCCAAAAGCCUCGCCAGUGAAAACAAUAUCCACAAUUUUAAAGGACACUAAAAUCACUCCAACUGACAAUUUUGUUUAUGACAAGUCUAAAUCCGUGUCUGAACUUCUAAAGGAGAAGAGAGCCCGUGAGGCUGAGCUUGCUUUGAAGAACAAACAACAUUCUGGUGCUCAAAAUGUAACAGGGACCAUUAAUAUAGACAUAUCAAAUAGUCAGAAUAUGCCGGGUACAAUUAAUCCACAGAUGUGUUCAAACGUAGAAAACAGGACAAAUAUUCCAGUUUCAGUCGGGUCAUUUUUUGUACCAGCUGAUCACAGAAAUGUGAAAAAUCUGUUUAAUGUUGGAAUGUCUCAAAAGAUACAACCUGGAACAUCAGUAGUAAACGGAGACAGGACAGACAGAUUACAGAGCGGACAAAUACAGGUUCCUCCAGGGUUAGUGUCAACAGGGGAUGUUGUAUAUGUGAUAAAUCAUGUGCCACAAGCACUUGAUAAAUCACCCGUUAAAUCGGUGGUAGCAAGACCAAAUACGCUUAGCCUUGGAAAGGAUUCUGGGGAUGGAGGGGAGAGAAAGAAAGGAGUUGAAAGCCCCGACUUGAACGAUGAUGAUACAAUGGAUAUAGAAGAUGUUCUAAAAAUGUACAAAGAAAAAGAAAAUGAUAUGGAAGUUUCAUGUGAAACACCUUCCAAAUUUGCUAAAAUUGAAGAUGGUGACCAGAUUGUUCAUUCUCGACCAGGAUCCAGGUGUUCUGCCGAUAUAGAACAGGCUGGUGGUAGGAAGAGGAAAUUUUUAAACACAGAUAAUGGCCAGUUUAGAUGUUUUGGUAGAAAGAGGUUGAAUUCAGGUGAAGAAACUGAUGAUGAUGUCAUUCUUUUUGAUCCUCUAGAGGAAAGCAGUGAAAAUAGACGUGAGAGUCGUUCAUGUACCUUUGAAAUAGAUGGGAGCCCUAAAACAAAUAAGACAAUCACAUCAGCUCUCAAGCAUAAAAGUCAGCACUCUCCAGACAUCAGCAUGCUGGAAAUUGAUGCUUUGAUAGAUCUUGUACAACCUGAACAGCCCCAUUCAGUUCGACCACUUAGAAAAGUUAGUUCAGCAGCAGUCGGGGUCAAUUCCUUGUCGUUAAGGAAGUCUCAACAACAAUUGUUAAAAGAAAAGCCGCUACUAGAUCAAAUGAUAAACACUUUCCUGCAGAAGAAAGAUAGAAAUAUAGCAGAUUUCGGUACAGUAGAUGGCAAAACUUCAAUUAUUCAAAACUCAGAAAUUUUUCCACAUGUGGAUAUUGCUGGAAAGUCGAACUUUCAUUUUGAAACUGAAAAUUUGCUGCAUGAUAGAAGCAAGUCGUUCAGUGAUGCCCCACUUUCUGAAAACAUGAGUAUUUCACAUCUUAAUGUUCCACAUGAGCAUGAUGUUCUACAGAGUAGUACAGGCUUUGCUAUUCCAACAGAUUCAGAACUACCAAUGGAAGCAGACAGUGAUUUGCCUGAAGAAAUUGCUGAUUUCAUAACAGAACAAGUUACUAUGGUUGCAGAAGGCAUUAUGGGAAAUAAUCCAAAUGAUAAUGUGGAAAAUGCUAAAUUUUCAAAAGACGUUGAGGCCAUUCAGAAGAACUUUCAGAAUAUUUCGAACAAUGAGAUGCACAAUGCCAGGAAUACGUUGCACAAUUUUGAAAUUAAUUCUAAUCAGUUGAAAGCUUUACAGCAACUGCAAUCAUCAAGACCUCAGAGCAGACAAGAAACCAAUAUUGAGGUAAAUAGAAUAGGAACGUCCAGGAUUUCCGAUCGUCCCACAAAUAUAGGUGAUGUCAAAUUUGCCAGUCCGCAAAGGCCUGUCAGUAGGAGGCAGAGGACACCUUCUGUUGAAAGAAUAACAUCACAGAUUUCUGCAAAUUCAGCUUUGGAUCGCAGGUCUGUUACAACUCCAACAUUAUUUCCAAGUCCAAUUCAUUCCACAAAUGUUAGAAGACGAGAAACUUCAGUUGACAGGAUGACCAAUCAGACACCAUUCUCAGAUCCUGGAUAUGGAAGCAUUGGGGCCAGUCCUAUAUUGAAUCCAACACCAGUUUCCCAGUCCAUAAAUUGUGACACGUCAGUUACAUCAGGACACAACUCUAGUUUCAUGUCAACCCGUGCCGACUCUGCUCAAAGCAUUGCUAGCGACACUGCAAUAUUCAGCCCAGUGUCAUCAGCUAUCUCACCCAGAUUUCAGACAUCAACUCCUUAUCCUUUACAAUCACCAUGUCCAACGCCGUGCCGUAAUAUUAUACAGAGUCCAAUAGAUGCAGUUGGUCCUGUUCAGUCAUUUGUACCAAUUCAAGGUUCACAGCUCCAGAUUGACAGCAAUGUGACAUUGAUAAAGCCUGUCGUGACAGUGGCUAUGUCUCAAUCCAAUCAAACAUCAUCAGGACCUCUUCAAGCUAAGGAACAAAAUAAACUAAGGAAAGAUCUUAUUGGAAUUGGAAGCAUUUUACCAAGAACUGAACAUCAGGCAUUACAAAAACCUCCACCUUCGUACAGCGAUGCUUUAUUAUCACAACUGCAAGGAAACAGAAUGGAUCAGAAUAGAUUGUCAAACAAAGGUGCGUUUGAUGUUCCUUCUCAAGGUGCAUUUGAUGUUCCAUCUCAAAGAAAUGAACAUGUUAUUUCACAACAGCAACAAGAUACUGGAAAUGGGAAUUCUGAACAGGUGAUGGUUGCACCAUUUUCUCACAGGUUGGCAUUGAUGUCUACAAAAUAUGGAAGUAGGAAAGUGAAUAGAAAUUCUUCAGAUCUGCAUAACCGGUCACUGCCAGAAAAUUUAUUGCAAAGUAAUGAUUCAAGUUUAUUACCAAACAGUGGACUAUCUCAGAACGAUGAAGAUCAUGAGAAAUCGCUACAAAUCGAAUCUAUCAAAGCUAGUUUACAAAAUAAUACUCUUGAUCUGGGUAAUUUCAUUCCAGACUAUGACAGUCAGGAUUUCUCAAGUUCACAGAACUUAGCUGAGGUAAGGGUCAGAAGGUCAGAGAGAAAAAUCAGGCAUAGGAAAAGUGAUUUAGCGAUUGAGAAAAUGAUGGAUGACGAUGAUAUAGAAUUCAUCGCUAAAAGAAAUUUGUCUCUGGAUUUGGAACAUAAUACAAGUUUUAAUGAAGAUGACCUUGAAACGACCCUUGAGGAUCUUAAAUCAUUGGAUGGGCAAUACUUUACACACGAUAACCAAGAUAACAGAUUUAUUUAAUUUGUUUGUUUUAAUUAAUGGUAAAGUAAUGUUUAAAAUAGCGUGCUGCCGUAGCAGUGUAUUUCUAAAAGUUUGUUACCAUUUUGUAAGAAAAUUACGGUAUUUGACUCACUAGCCAAACUGAAAACUUUUUAAGGGAAUCUUUUUUAGGCUGCACAAUAUUUUGAUAAAAAUUUGGAAUAGAGAUGGUGGCUUAUUUUGCAGAAUUUAUUAUUUUGAUGAUAAAAUAGCAUUUAAAAAAAAUACUACUUUUUAUUUAGAAAAUAGCAAAAAGUAAUUUGAAUAGACUUCAUAGGGAAAACAAAAUUUUCAAACUAAUGAGAAAUUAAGAUAUUGUUUAUUAAAGUUAGUUAUAAAAAGACUUCUCUGAAUUUAUCUUUCACUGCAAGUGUAUUGUUUUGUUAAGUGAUUUCAAAUGUUUUUGUUUUAUAUACAUGCUUCAAUUAAAGUUCCAAACAGAAAUGGUUCACAAAAUGUCAAUGACAAAAGAAAGGCAAUAAGCCAUUGCAUCUGUAAUAAUGUCAUGAAUUAAAACUUUUCUGUUGUUAAGUUAUGGUCAGUAACAGGAUUUAUUUUGCGUCGGUUUUUGUUUGUUUUUUUUCCUGGUACAAUGAAGAUUUGAUCUCAUUUGACCUCAAGUUUAUUGUGUUAUUGUGUGAAAUAUUUCAUGAACCAUGACAAAAUUAAUGAUAUGGCUUAUAAGUGUUGUAACAAUAUUGAAUAUAGGUUUUAUGUGUUAGUGUUUAAGGUUUUUUGCCUGAAAUUCCACAGACUGGUUGCUUAAUGAAAGACAGAAGAUUUAUGUGUUUACAUGCAUCAUCAGAACAUACUGUAAAGUCAGAA